AUGCACAUGAGCGGAGCGACUGGUUCACCGACUGGUAUCAAGCCGCCGAUUCCUAAUGGCGAAAGCCAAAGCAGUGCUGCUCCCGACCUAGAGUGGCAGUGGCAUCUUGCCAUAUGGCUAUCCAGCUUGACAUGGGCGGGUUUAGCUUGGGUGUUCGAGAGGGGACGUGCUGCCGGUACCAAGAAUUACGAGGUCUGGUUCUCCAUUGCUGCCUUCUUGUACCACUUGGCGUAUGGCUACAAAGCGUUUGUUGAAGUGAGACUGGACUCAGCGACAAGUGCUGGUCUGAUAGCCAUUGGCUUCACGGCAGCGUGGACAUUUCACGAUACCAGGCGAAUGGGCACCAAACAACGACAACUACUUGGCCUCGGGACAGCCACGGUAGUCCUGGGUUUGGAUUGCUACCUGUCAAGUACAGUGAGCUCAUCUGACCCUGCAAAGUCGUUCAUGGCCUUGCUGGUGCCUUGCAUCGCGGGCGCGACGUUCUUCUGGUGGGCAUGUCGAAUUAUGGGUGCCCAUAUUGCGCCACUGUUGAACUAA